CAUGGAUCCGGCGCUGUACAAGGCGGCGACGCAGGGGAAAGUGGCGAGGCUGAACCAGCUGGUGGAUCCGGAGGACCCCAGCAUCCUCAGCUCCACGACGCCCCAGCUCAACACGGCGCUCCACCUCGCCGCCGCGCACGGCCACGCCGCGUUCGCCGACGAGGUCCUGGACAAGGACGAGGAGCUGCUCGUCGCCCGGAACGACGACGGCGACACCCCGCUGCACCUCGCGGCCAAGGCGGGCAAGCUGGAGGUGGCGGAGCUGCUCGUCAGCCGCGCCCUCGCCUGGCCGCAGGACAAGAAGAGCCCUCUGGUCAUGACCAACAAGGUGGGCAACACCGCGCUGCACGAGGCGGUGCGGAACCGCAGGGGCGCCGUGGCGGUGGCGCUGCUGGACGCCGACCCCGGCCGCGCCUACGACCUCAACGAGCAGAUGGAGUCGCCGCUGCACAUGGCCGCCCGCGAGGGCCUCGUCCAUGUCGUCCGCAAGAUAUUCGACUUCACCUGGGUCGAGGCGGAGUACGUGCCCUCUGUCGCCGUCAGCGGCACAGCUCUGCACCAGGCCGUGCUCGGCGGUCACACCAAGAUCGUGGACAUCAUGGUGGAGAAGCACAUCUGGCUGCUGGACCUGACCGACUCUGACGGCAACAACGCGCUGCACUAUGCGGCGCAGAAGAACAACUCGCAGGUGGUGGAGCUGCUGCUCAACAAGCAGGCGCAGCUGGCCUACAAGCCCAACGGAGAGCGGCAGUCCCCGCUGCACGUCGCCGCGCACUACGGCUCGACGGCGGUCAUCAAGGCGAUGCUCCGGCACUGCCCCGACGUGGCCGAGAUGGUGGACAUCCAUGGCCGCAACGCCCUGCACGUCUCCGUCACCAGCGGCAAGACGAACGCGCUCAGGUACCUGCUCCGCCAUAUCCGCCCCGCCGAGCUGCUCAACCGCGUCGACGGCAACGGCGACACGCCUCUGCACAUCGCCGCCAAGAUGAGCCGCGUCCAGUCGGCGCUGCUGCUGCUCAACGACCGCCGCGUCGAGCUGUGCGUCCGCGACCGCGACGGCCAGACCGCGCGCAGCCUCGUCGAGAUCAAGCUGCACACCGGCGAGAUGGACGCCUACGAGAUGUACCUCUGGAAGCAGCUCAAGCAGCAAGAGUCCAAAAGGUGCCGCAAGCAGCAGCUGCCGCCACUGGCUCCAUACCCCAGCCGGAGGGCCUCCAACGACAAGUACUUCGAGUGCAUCGUCGAGACCUACAUCCUCGUCGCUACCCUCAUCGCCACUGUGACCUUCGCCGCCACAUCCAGCGUUCCCGGCGGCUACCACGAUGAUGGCAUCGCCGUUCACAGCAACAACAUCGCAUUCCAUAUCUUUAUCAUCUCCAACACCGUUGCCAUGUGCAGCUCCAUCGUCGUCGUCUUCUGCUUCAUCUGGGCUUGGCAGGACCCCGUCCGGUUCAAGGUCGACCAGCUCUUGUGGGGACACAGGCUCACCGUCAUCGCCUGCCUCGCCAUGCUCGUCUCGCUCAUGACCGCCGUCUAUAUCACCAUAGCGCCCGAAUCACGGUGGCCGGCCUACGUCGUCAUCGUCAUCGGCAUGAGCACUCCGGCCGUCGUCUUCCUAAUGCUGGGCAAGGAGGUGAUAUUCGUGCCGAUGUAA